AUGACAGAUGCGCAAGAUGGCACCGCAGGGCACGCCAGUCUGGCAUAUGCGGUAAACAAUUCGGAAGAGAGAUCCGCCCAAAUAGAUUAUUUGCCAGUAUUCUCGAACAAAGAAAGAAGAGACUCCAAACUCAAAUUCGGAGACAACUGGGAACAUCAACGAAGAAACACGGAAGAAAAUCACUGGAUUUCGCUGCAAAGAAGACUUUUGCUCCUCAACAGCAAAAGUGAUUCACAACUCGACUGGACGACUGGACGACUGGAAAAUUGGGAGAACAACGUUAUCAAGAUCGACAAGGAUUUGACUGCUGAAGGAUUCAAUUGCUGCGACAAGGAUUCAAGGAUUUUCAACUCAACUGCAACUCAGAAUUCAACGACGGAUAGGAGGAUAGAAAGUCAACGUUUCGACAACUUGGUCAAGGUUCAACGACAAUAG